GAGAGAUAAGCAAAGGAAUUUAGGUGAAAACCAAACCAUAUUGACAGUCCUGAACGAUUUAUCACCAGCAGAACUUAGUGUGUCCGGGGAAAAGGAAUCAGAAAUUAUAUUAUAAGGGAUAGCUGUAACAGAAGAUUAAGUCUAGAUCCGCAUACCGCUAUGGAAUCGAACUCCCAUCAGAAAGUAUCGAUUUGUAACAACACCUGAGUAAGGCAUCUUAAUCCGUCAUCGAUAUCUACCGCAGACAGCCCGUUCAGUGCGGACCUGAGCGAAGACCUCUGAGAUCACACCUGGCUGACAACGCACCUCGUGGCUCAUCACGCCCAAAUCAGGAAACAGUCUGAGACACAGGCUGCCGGAAUAACAGGCCGGGCACGGUAAAUACAGAUUUUGUGAAAGUAGAAAAAAAAAAGAAUUAAAGACAGAGGAUCUUCUUGCAACUUUCUUUUCUGGACUAUGGAUUGGGUACAUAUGAGGAUUGUAUUCCUGCUAUGGUGUAUAACUGUGUCUUAUGGUCGGACAUUUCCCCCACAGUGGUCCAGAUUUCGUGUUGACUCAGUAAGACCAGUACACUAUGGAGAUGCUUAUCCAGAAGAGAAUGAAGGCGUGAACAACCGCUAUCUAAUGGAAGGUGACAUACUGAUGGAUGUGAGACGAAAUGCUGUUCGCGACCACGAUGCUAUUUGGAUGAGCCGAGUUGUACCGUACACUCUGGACGAGUCCUAUUCCCCUGAUGUUCGUCACGAGAUUCACCUCGCAUUAACCGAGUUUGAGAACCUGACUUGUAUUAAGUUUAAGCCUGUGGAAGACGAAGUGGAUUUUAUCAGAAUAACUCCACUGAAAGGAUGUUUCAGUCCGGUUGGCCGUAAAGGCGGCCCCCAGGACGUGUCCAUAGGCACAGGCUGCAACAAUAAAGGCACUAUAAUGCAUGAAAUAAUGCACGCAUUGGGAUUUUGGCAUGAACACAGUCGACCAGAUCGGGAUCAUUAUAUUGAGAUAAUGUGGGAUAACAUAGCUGAAGAUCACAAACACAAUUUCAACAAGUUUGAUUUUGACGAGAUCGAUACUCUUGGGGCGCCCUAUGACUACGGCUCCAUUAUGCACUAUGCCGCCAAUACGUUCGCUGCCGACAGGUCAGUGCCGACUAUAGUACCGAAAUUCCCUACACGAGACGAGCUUGGACAAAGGAAAGGACUAAGUGCUACUGAUGUGUUGAAGAUUCGCAAACUGUACAACUGUAAUAUCUCUCAGUGCCGGGACCCUGGUACACCUCUGAAGGGAUUUCGCCAGGGUAGUAACUUUAGUGUUGGGAGGACCGUGUCCUUCAUCUGCCCUUCACGGUACACGCUAGUUGGCAGUAGAGAACGAUAUUGUAAAGAUUCAGGGGAAUGGACGGGUUACAUUCCUGUAUGUAUACCUGGUAGCAUAUUUUACUGUAACCUUGACCGGGCUGACCUCUGCGGCUGGAAACAAGAGACCAGCGAUGACUUAGACUUUCAGUGGGCACAUUCCAGCACACCCACAGCCGACACCGGUCCUAAGGAAGACCAUACCAUGGGAAGCUCUUUUGGUUCCUAUUUAUUCUUGGAGAGUUCCACGCCAGCUGAAGUUAACCAGAAGGCCCGUUUGAUUUCACCAACACUACAGCCGUUCUCUUCAAGUAUUUGUAUGAGGUUUUAUCAUCACAUGAUGGGCGAUGGUAUCGGCGAUCUCCGUAUCUACAUCCGGGAGAAUGGACACGAGAGCCGAAUACUGACGCUGAGUGGAGAACAAGGCCGAGACUGGCAAUUUGCUGACGUGAGCUUCACACCAACACUCACAUUCGAGGUGAUAUUUGAGGCCGUCCGGGGCAGAACAUUUCGUGGAGACAUCGCGAUCGAUGACAUAAUUCUCUCCCCUUGUGACGUCUUCAACAACUUCACGAAUCUGCUACCCGGUGACUCUCGUACCAAACAGCCCCCCACCGUUCCCGGUGGUUCAAAGCUUCCAGUUUCGCUGUCAUGUGACUUUGACGAGAAUUUGUGUGGUUUCACGCAGAGUACUAGAGACAAUUUUGAUUGGUGGAACCAAAGUGGCCCAACAAUUACAGUUAACACAGGGCCUGAGUGCGACCGUCAACAGUGUGAUCUGGGUAAAUACAUGUAUAUUGAAGCUUCUGCACCGCGAAUCAAGGGUGACAAAGCUGCAAUAAUAUCACCCAGGCUCGAGGGAGGAGGUGUCCGCUGUCUGUCUUUCUACUACCACAUGUAUGGUGAUCAGAUGGGGGAUUUGACUGUACGGGCCCUUAUUGGGGAUCAGAACAUGAAGCUGUGGAGCCAAAGUGGGGAUCAAGGAAAACGCUGGCACGCCGCAGAGCACGAGUUCAGGCCCACCACAGCUUAUCAGAUAUCGUUUGAAGCCACUCGAGGACCCGGAUACAGAAGCGAUAUCGCCAUUGAUGACGUUGAUAUCUCAGAUGGUCCGUGUUUAGGUUCCUCUGGAAUUAGCUGUGACUUUGAGCUUGACUUUUGUGGAUGGACAGACGACACAAAUGACGAUUUUGAUUGGAUACGAAACAGUGGCGCAACCGGAACUCCUGGGACUGGUCCAACUGGGGACCACACAUCGUCUCGAGGCUAUUAUAUCUACAUCGAAACAUCCGCUCCGAGAAUACAAGGCGAACAUGCGAACCUUGCCUCGCCAGUGAUUUUACCUCGGGCUCAGGGGUACUGCUUUAGUUUCUGGUACCAUAUGUACGGUAUGCACAUACAGUCCCUUCGGAUCAAGGUGGUCUCGGAAACUGGUCACACGUCCGAGAUUUGGGAAAUGGAAGGUGAAAAAGGCAACAGAUGGACGAAAGAAGAGCUCAGUAUUAAUUACGCUAUUGCACCAUUUCAAAUCGUGCUUGAAGGAGAGGCAGGCCAUUCGUAUAGAGGCGAUAUAGCCAUUGAUGACAUUUCUCUCAGGCACGGGGCGUGCUAAGUGCGGACGACAGGACCUAUGUCUGUUUCUCGUCUCGCGGUUUUUUCUAGGGUGAUUUGGAAUUUUUAUAAGGUGUUUUUUAUCAAUUUUUGCCAACACAAUAAAACCUCUUCAGGACAGUAUAUAUUUCGAAGAAGAUGUCUUGGAAGUUACCAUGACAACAGCAUUAAGCUUGCUCAAGUUCCGUUGGGUAAAAAUCGAUUUUUUUUUUGUGUAUGUAACUGAGGUUUGUAUAUGUAUGUGUGAAAUCGAAACCAACAAAGAUUGCUCAGUUUUUGUUCAGUAUUUUUGUAGAAGAUUUAUCGGUAAACACCAAAUCCAUUCAGUUUCAAAAAAGCCGGAAACAUAGUAACUAGGCUUUUUAUUUUUCGAAUAGUUCCGUGGCUCUUGCAUGCAUUCUGUAUCAGUUGGUGAUGCCUUGGGGUCAUAGGUAUAGGCAGAUUCACACGGUUAUGUCAGUGAUUGUCUUUCAAGGCUAUCCCCAGAGGUAAUGCUUUGCAACUGCUUAGGUGAUUUUGAGUCAAAAACAAAAAUAGGCCUAUAAGCUGUGCACCGUUAUUGUCAUAUUAUCUUGGAUAUCCAUUGACUACUAAGUGUCACAAAGUGUUCACGGUAGAGGCUCACGUUUAUGAUAACAUUAGCUUUAACUUGCUUUGGAUAAUUUGUGCUCAUAACUGUAUACUGCAGUAAUAAAUAUCUUCAGAAAAUGGCCCAUUUGAUUUGGUGAGGGAAUGAUGUAAGUAUAGAGGCUAAAAUGCCAUAGGUCCCAAUAUGAUAAUCUAACAUCGUAACACCGAUGAAAUAGUGAGACUACUAUCAUUUUUUGGCCAAAAAAAAGAAGAGAGAGAGAGACGCCUAUUGACCCUAUGCUACGAUAUAAGAAAAUUGUACGUAAUGUCAAUAACUAGCAUUAUCCAUCAGUUACACUUGUUUUCCAGCAAUCUCUAUGGCUGUCAUGGUCAUAUAAAUCAGUUAUCCACAUGAUCUUACCUUAAAUUUAAGUUUAAAUAUGUUUAAAUGGACUUUAUGGCCAUUGCAUUCGCGUUUGGAAAAAGAUAAACAAAACUUUAGAGAUACACUAAAAAAAUUAAGCUGCUAAUUUUAACAGAAAAUCUGUUGUCUGAGUGAUGAUAGAAUGUACUCUGUUAUUCCAGCAGAUUGUUCUGUUAAAUAUUACACACAUAAUCAAUUACUUGAGCAUAAAGAUUCUAUCAGACUAAUAGCACAUUGUGUUGAAUAUGACAGAAUAUUAUGUUAUAAUAACAGAAUGCAUUCUAGUACUCAGACAAAAGACUUUCUGCUAAAAUUAACAGAUUAAUUUUUUGAAUGUAUAUUUAAAUCAUUUGGACAUCAUUAAAUGCACCUUAAAACUGCUCUGAGGAUCUGAGACUCUUUCCAUGAUGGAGUGUAUCAGUGCUUUUUAAGGUAUUUUUUUCCGAAUAUAUCAAUUAAUUGCGCUUAUUUAUUGCAUCAAUUUCCAUGUAGUUUAAGUCAGCAUGGGUAAAUAUUUGUGAACAAAUACGAUAAAAAAUGUGAGAUUUAAUACCACUUUUAAGUACCACUUUUAAGUGUUAAAGUUCUAUAAACAGUAGCUGAUACCAUAUGUUUACAUUUACGUGACACUACAAUCCGUAAUUCACUAUAAUUUUAUUUGCUUAAUAUUUUAUGUAUACCAGCGUUUAUCUUAUUCCUUUAACAGCGGAUCUGUGUUUGAUCAAACGUGUAAAUAUUAUAUCAUGCUCUAUGUUGUGUUGUAUGACAUUAAUUUUUUACGAUGUACAUUAUAAUUAACAUUAAUAAUAAUUAUAAUAGUAAUGACAUUGUUACUAUUUUCGUCUUCAAAAGAGACGUACCAUAUUGUCCAGUUUUUUCUUUAUACUUAAUUGUCAAAAUAGUUUAUAUAAUUUGUGAAAAGCAUCAGGAAUAUUAAUAUUUAUUCAUGCCAUGAGUCGUGUAUAUUUUCUUCUAGAUGUCAUGAUUACGCAUGUCAUGGGCUAAAACUAGACAAAAUAACUAUUCGCCCGUAACACCACAAUCACCGAUGAGGUCGCGUGCUCGAUUUCAGGUCUCGUCAGCUUGGCUGGGGCUGUAUGCCAGGAUGUUACGCCGGUAUCUGGCAACUGAUGCAAUCGUUUCAUCUCGGCUCUGUCCGCUUUAUUCCGUUCAUAAAUCUGAUGCUGCUUGAUGGUCAUGGCUCAACCCGGGGGCUUAGGCGAUAUAUUCAUCGUCUUGAAUUAGAUCGUCACGUUGGAUAUAUGAACUGAGAUACAUAUUCUGUUAUCGACAACUUAUAUUGUAGCAUGCUACACGAUUUGAAUAUUGAUUUCACUCAUUCGCCUACAACAUAGCUUGCGUCUUUCCAUCAUCACUGAAAACUGCUUCUCUUUGCAUCAUUCCGUCCUAGUUUCGUACUAUAGAUGCUUUCUUAGUUCUUGGUUGUUUGCUUUAUGCGUCGUUUUGGGAAUUGGCCUUACGAUUAUUGACCUGGUACUUCCUUACUGGUUGACAUCUGGUAUACGAAUGUAUGUUUCGACGCAUAAAAAAAGCAUUGUUCAGUACAGCGUUAACAUCUUUUAGAUAUAUAAACAAAUAAGUAAGUAAAUAAAUCUUAUACCAUUCAUUCACUC